CUAGAUGGACAGACCUGGUCGCCCGCCAAUCUCACCACAGCGUGUGAGAGUGGGCAGUCGGUGCAGCGCAGUGGGGAUCCCCCGGCGGCAGACAGGAGACAACAGGAGGGAAAGGCAGUGUGUGAUGAGUUUGUCAAGAAGAAAGGAAUGGAAGGAGGGAAAGCCUACAAGUCCACAUUCACCAUUUGUGCCUUGGCGAGCGCGCUAGUGAUGCGCAUGCGCAGAAGAAGACCCUGAUUGGCUUGUGGGACGGUCUCAACGUCCUGUCCCAACCAAUCCACAUGCGCCGGGGGUGGGGCCUGGCUCUCACUGGCUGGUGCAGCCUUUGCGCGCCGGUUUCGUUGCCCCGGGGCAUUCGCCGGUGUUGUUGGCUUUAGUGCUGGCGCUAUGGGGUCGGAGCUGAUCGGGCGCCUAGCGCCGCGCCUGGGCCUUGCCGAGCCCGACAUGCUGAGGAAAGCAGAGGAGUACUUGCGCCUGUCCCGGGUGAAGUGUGUCGGCCUCUCCGCCCGCACCACGGAGACCAGCAGUGCAGUCAUGUGCCUGGACCUUGCAGCUUCCUGGAUGAAGUGUCCCUUGGACAGGGCUUAUUUAAUUAAACUUUCUGGUUUGAACAAGAAGACAUACCAGAGCUGUCUUAAAUCGUUUGAGUGUUUACUAGGUCUAAAUUCAAAUAUUGGAAUAAGAGACCUAGCUGUACAGUUUAGCUGUACAGAAGCAGUGAAUAUGGCUUCAAAGAUACUAAAAAGCUAUGAGUCCAGUCUUCCCCAGACACAGCAAGUAGAUCUUGACUUAUCCAGGCCACUUUUCACUUCUGCUGCACUGCUGUCAGCAUGCAAGAUUCUAAAGCUGAAAGUGGAUAAAAACAAAAUGGUAGCCACAUCCGGUGUAAAAAAAGCUAUAUUUGAUCGACUGUGUAAACAACUAGAGAAGAUUGGACAGCAGGUCAACAGAGAACCUGGAGAUUUAGCUGCUCCACCACGGAAGAAAAAGAAGAUAGUGGUUGAAGCCCCAGCAAAGGAAAUGGAGAAGGUAGAGGAGAUGCCACAUAAACCACAGAAAGAUGAAGAUCUGACACAGGAUUAUGAAGAAUGGAAAAGAAAAAUUUUGGAAAAUGCUGCCAAUGCUCAAAAGGCUACAGCAGAGUAAUUUCAGCUUCCAGACUGGUAUGCAUUCCAAACUGAUAGUACAUUGCCACCUCCAGGAAGACUUGAAAGCUUUGGGAUUUUGUUUAAACUUUUAUAACAAGGAUCCUAAGACUAUUGCCUUAAUAGCAAAGCAGCCUACCCGGAGGCUAAGUCUGGGCGGUGGGCUGGUCCCUGGUGUGGGCAUUAGACCAGCCACAGUGCCUGAUUGGUAUAGCCUCAUGCGCUCUCCUACAAAAUGGAAUUGGAGGCUGGGUACAGUGGCUCAUGCCUGUAAUCCCAGCACUUUGGGAGGCCGAGGUGGGUGGAGCUCGAGACCAGCCAACGUGGCCAACGUGGUGAAACCCUGUCUCUACUAAAAAUACAAAAAGUAGCUAGGUAUGGUGGUGCGUGCCUGUAAUCCCAGCUCCUCUGUGGGCUGAGACAUGAGCAUCACUUGAACCUGGGAGGCAGAAGUUGCAGUGAGCCAAGAUCACACCACCACACUCUAGCCUGGAUGAUAGAGCGAGACUUAUCUCAAAAUAAAUAAAUAAAUAAAUGAAUAAAUGGAAUUGGAGUCAUUUUGCUUUGUUUUAAGUGAAUGGCAGUCCCUUGUCUUAUUCAGAAUAUAAAAUUGAAUCUGAAUGACACCUUACAGAUUUUUACUUGAGGUUUUGUGCGAGGUAUUUUUUAUUUGACUAAAUCUGUAUAUUGUACAGCCUAAGUUAAUAAAUGUUAUUUGUAUAUGCA